AAUUCAGAAGCAGCCAGAGAGGUUUAAUUUUAAUGUCUACCCACCAUCCCUGAACAGAGACCCCCCCCCCUCACUCUCGCCUCUCUCUCUCUCUUCCCCCACUUCUGCUAGGAAGGCCCAUUCUCAUCUGUCAUUUCCCCCGUGUUUGGUUCGAAAACCGGUUUCAGAUAUUGCUAGAGCAAGAAGAAGCUCACUUAGCUUCUUGUGUGUUGUCCUCUCUGGGUUUUUCCUGUCCUUUUUUACUCAGAUCUGUUACCUCCCUCUUCGCCUUUUCCCUCAUUCCUUCAAUUUUGGGGGCUUCAACCAUGAGUAAAGAAGAGUUCUUGAAGAUACAGAAAUCUGUUCUUAAGGUGAACAUACACUGCGAUGGAUGUAAGCACAAAGUGAAGAAAAUCUUGCAGAAAAUCGACGGGGUGUUUACGACGGAGAUAGAUGCGGAACAGGGGAAGGUGAUGGUGUCUGGGAAUGUGGAUCCCAACGUUCUCAUCAAGAAGCUAACGAAAUCAGGGAAGCAUGCAGAGCUCUGGGGUGCUCCCAAAUCAAACAAUAACAACCAGAACCAGAAUCACAUCCCUAAGCAGUCAAAGAACAUGCAAAUCGACAAUGGCAAAGGCGGUGGGAAUAACAAGGGCCAGAAAGGUGGUAACAACCAGCCCAAGGGCAAGGGCAAGGGCGGGGGCGGUGGCGGUGGAGGCCCGCAAGGAGGACUGAAUCCUCAACAGCUCCAACAGCUCCAGCAGAUGCAGCAGCUUCGAAGUCUUCAAGAUCUGAAAUUUCCUCAAUUCAAACUACCUCCAGGCCAGAACCCAAACCAGAACCAAAAAACUCUCAAGUUCGACUUGCCGGAGGAUGACGACGAUUACAGCGACGGCGAGCUGGAUGAUGAGUUCGAUGACGAUGAUUUCGAUGACGACGAGUUUGACGAUGAUGAACUGGAGGGAGCUCCACUGCCCCUGAACAAGAUGAAUCCUGAUAUGGGGAACGGCGCUCCCAUGAUGCUCAACGGCAUGAAUAUGAUGAAUCCCCAGAAGAGUGGGAAUGCCAUGAUUAUGAAUCCUCAGAAGAUUGGGAAUGCCAUGAAUAUGAUGAAUCCUCAGAAGGGUGGGAACGCCAUGAAUAUGAUGAAUCCUCAGAAUAUGAUGAAUCCUCAGAACGGUGGGAAUGCCAUGCAUAUGAUGAACCCUCAGAAGGGGGGCAAUGCCGUGCAUAUGAUGAACCCUCAGAAGGGGGGCAAUGCCAUGCAUAUGAUGAACCCUCAGAAGGGUGGGAAUGCCGGACCAGGUAACGGGAAAAAAGGGGGUGGAGGAGGAGGAGGAGGAGCAGCGCCUAUUCAAGUUCACGGUAUGGGCGGCGGAAUUGACGGUAAAAAUGGAAACGGAGGAAAGAAAGGCGGGGGAGGAAACAAUCAGAACCAAGGGGGAGGCAAUAAGAACAAUAUUGGGAAAAAUGGGAACAAUGGAGGCGGCGGGGGCGGAGGAAUCAACAACAAGAAUGGUAGCAAUGGAGGGCAGAAGGGUGGUGACGGUGGUGGUAAGAAUGGUACGAUGGAAGGCGUUCACGCGAUGAACAAUGGUUUCCAGCAAAUGGGCGGUGUUGGCGGGAAUACUGACAAGAGCAUUCCCAUGGGCGGCAUGGGCAAGAUGCCGAUGGGUCAGAUGGGCAGCGUCCCCGCCGUCCAAGGCCUCCCCGCAGCAUCCAUGAACGGCGGCGCCGGCGCAUACUUCCCCGGCGGUGGUCCGGAUGUUAUGGCCGGAAACCCUUACAACCAGCAGCAGCAGCAGCAGUAUCUGGCGGCGCUAAUGAACCAGCAGAGGGCGAUGGGGAACGAGAGAUUCCAACCUAUGAUGUACGCGCGGCCGCCGCCGGCGGUGAACUACAUGUACCCUCCUCCUCCGGCAGCACCGUACUCUUAUCCGCCCCCACCUGACCCCUACUCCAACUAUUUCAGCGACGAGAAUCCUUCGGGUUGCAGUGUGAUGUAAAUCAACGGAUGGCCAGCAACGAGGAAGAUGGAAGGGUGAAGACAUGAACAUUAUACAAGUUGAAAUUGAGCUUCUUUUUUUUUUU